AUGUGGGUCGACAAGUACCGUCCACAAAAGUUCACCGAACUGCUUGGAGAUGAACGCACGAAUCGAGAUGUCCUACGCUGGCUCAAGCACUGGGAUCAUUGUGUCUUUGGUAAAGCAAGCAAAGCCACCACCACUGACCCGCAUAAACGCCCAGAGAGACGCAUCCUCAUGCUGACAGGACCGCCUGGCUUUGGCAAAACGACACUCGCACAUAUUGCAUCGCGUCAAGCAGGCUACAACGUCAUUGAAAUCAACGCAAGUGAUGACCGAACAGGUACCGUGGUGCAAAACAAAAUACAGGAUGCACUCGAGUCGCAGGCUGUAUUUCAAUCGCGGCCAUCUUGCAUUGUGAUUGAUGAGAUUGACGGAGUGAGUGGCGCUGGUGGCGAAACAGGCUUCAUCAAGCGUCUUUUGGGAAUUGUCCUAGCAGAUGAAAAGGCGCUUGCUUCCAUGUCUGCCGUUCCUGGACUCAAUGGCUUUGCCACAAGGAAGUCAAAAAAGCAAAAAUCGAACAAGUCCCUUCUGCGACCCAUCAUUGUCAUUUGCAAUGACCUAUAUGCACCUGCACUCCGAACACUACGACCCUACUGUCAAGUUGUCUACUUCAAAGCAUCAGGGCCAGCAAGUCUCGUGGCACGAUUACGGACGAUAUGCCUUCACGAAGGCUUGCAAGCAGAUGUGCGUGCUCUCCAUGCUUUAUGUGAAGUCGCUGAACAUGAUUUAAGGUCGUGCGUCAAUAGCCUGCAAUUCGUACGCACACGAAGUCGGCAAUUCACACUGGAGAGCGUUUCUCAGACACUUGCUCAGCGCGACAUGGCUCGCUCACCACAUGCAGUGGUGGAAGCCAUCUUCAAACUCCCAGACGCCAAACGUGAACGCAAAAAGGCAGCCGUUGUCAAGACGGAAGUCCAAAGAAUUGUUCAGAUUGCAGAACUCGUUCAGUCAACCAAUGAGUAUGGCAAAAUCAUGGAUGGCUUGUUUGCACAUUACCCACAAGCACCCUACCACGAUAGCCACUUCCAAAAACCACUCAAGGCGCUGUCUUGGCUCGCAUUUUAUGAUUUUUGUGAGCGUGGGGUGUAUGAACGGCAACACGGUGAAUUGAUGGCCUAUAUGCCUUGGGCUGCCUCUGCUAUGCAUCACCUUUUUGCCACGCACGAGUCACCGCGUACGCUGGAAAGAUCAAAGCAGGCUUGGCAAGCACGAGAAAAGACAUCAGCCAACGAGGACCUGUUUAAGACUUGGAUUGCUGUAUGCCAGCCGUCCAUCAGACAAUGCCAGAAUGCACUCAUCAUGAAGAGUGAGCUGCUCUCCUAUGCUGUGCGCAUCAUUGGCAGUUCUCGCAUCAAUCCAGUCAAUGCUCAUUUGGUGGUCAAACCAGCUGAACGCAAACAGCUUGCCAAGAUCGUCGAUGCAAUGCUUCUCUUGGGUCUGGAUUACAAGCAGUACCGCAAUGACGAUGGAAGCUACAUUUACCGACUCGAGCCAGCCUUGACGGAGCUACUGAAUUAUGAAGACACCACGGGGACUGUAGUGCUCAAGGGAGAGGCAUUAUUGCCGAGUCGGUAUGCAGUGCGUCAAGUAAUUGCACAAGAACUUGCUGCUGAACGGAUCAGACGACAGCAGGAAGCAUUA